UCCAAACUUUAUUUUUUGCAGAGUUAGUUUUAAACAGUAUGCCACAGAACGAGCAUAUAGAGCUUCACAGGAAGCGUCAUGGAUAUAGACUUGAUUAUCAUGAGAGGAAAAGGAAGAAGGAAGCUAGGGCGGUUCACAAGAAUGCUGCUGAAGCGCGUAAGGUUCGUGGAAUCAAAGCCAAACUUCUCAACAAGAAGAGGUUUAGUGAGAAGGUUCAGAUGAAGAAAACUAUUAAAGCUCAUCAAGAGAAGAAAACUAAAGGUAAGAAGGAUGCCCCUGCUGAGGAAGGUGCUGUUCCUGCAUAUCUACUUGACAGAGAACAUGAAACACAGGCUAAAAACAUCUCAAGCAUGGUAAAGCAGAAGAGGAAAGAGAAGGCGGGAAAGUGGGAGGUUCCUCUACCCGCCGUCAAAGCGCAAUCCGAGGCGGAUGUUUUCAAAAUCUUGAAAUCCGGGAAGACGAGGCGGAAGGGCUGGAAGCGGAUGGUGACCAAAGUAACCUUUGUCGGAGAGAAUUUCACAAGAAAGCCGCCAAAGUUCGAGCGAUUUAUUCGACCCAUGGCGCUUAGGUUUAAGAAGGCGCAUGUUACACACCCCGAACUCAGGGCCACAUUUUGUUUACCGAUCAUUGGUGUAAAGAAGAACCCCAGCAGCCCUAUGUACACCUCCUUGGGAGUGAUCACCAAGGGAACCAUCAUAGAAGUGAAUAUCAGUGAACUAGGUCUUGUCACCUCGGGUGGUAAAGUUGUGUGGGGGAAGUACGCCCAGGUGACGAAUAACCCUGAAAAUGACGGAUGUAUUAACGCUGUUCUUCUGGUAAACUCAUAGAUUAACCCAUGAGUAAAUAUUAGCUGGUCAGAAAUUUUUAUGAAGUGAACAAUUUUUUUCAGAAA